ACUUAGCCUUAAACUGAGUUCCCCUCCAGCCCCGAGCCAGGAGCAGCUCUCUGUACCGGGAGAGGCACAGAGCACUCGAGCUAUUUCAGCCACAUGAAAAGCAUCAGAAUUGAGAUCGCAGCUCAGAGGACACCGGGCGUCCCUUCCACCCUCCAAGGAGCUUUGUAUUCUUGCACCUGGCUGCCUGGGACUUUCCUCAGGCAGUAAACAAAUACAGAAAGCAGGACUAAGACUGCCUGAAUAUGUCGAAACAGCCAGUUUCCAAUGUCAGAGCCAUCCAGGCAAAUAUCAAUAUUCCAAUGGGAGCCUUUCGGCCAGGAGCUGGGCAACCCCCCAGAAGAAAAGAAUGUACUCCUGAAACCGAGGAGGGAGCUCCUCCCACCUCAGAUGAGGAGAAGAAGCCAAUUCCGGGAGCUAAGAAACUUCCAGGACCUGCGGUCAACCUAUCGGAGAUCCAGAAUAUUAAAAGUGAACUGAAAUAUGUCCCCAAAGCUGAACAGUAG